CCUCAGCCUAUGAAACGUGCCUCUCCAGACGCACAGUGGUGGCCAGCCUCAUUACGCAGGCGGCGAUGUGGAGGUCAGUCUCUCAUCAGUGCAACGCGCCGAGUAGUUCCCACCCCUCACCCCCCCUCCCGUAAAGACACCCCCCAAAUCUCUGUUCCUUCUGUCCUCCAGAAACAAGACAUUUCGCAUUGCACUCCUUCGGCGCAACCCGCAAGUCACGUCUCGCUGUGUGUGUUUCUUUUUUUUUUUUUCUCUCCUCCGGGUGACGGGUGUCCCGGUGCGUCGUAGUCCGAACAACCGGACAAGUGAUGCUUUGAGGUGCACUGUUGCUCCCGUGUCGCCUCACAUGUCUGCAGCAAAUCGAGCUGGAUAUGGUCCUAUGCUCAACUAACCGGCGGCGCUUAGAGGUUAGACUCUCAGUCAACAGAGGGUCACAAACACGUCACCCACCCUCCUCCUGGCUGGCAAGAGUCGCCCGUCUGCCUGCGUUCAUCUAAACAGCACUGAAGACAAACAGGAAACCUACACUCUAGUGGUAUCGCCUGUGUGUGUGUGUGUGUGUGUGCGUGUGUGUGUGUCAGCACUUCAGUGCCUUCAGUGUUCCCCCAAGCCCUUCAACUGUGUGUGUGUGUGCACGCAACGAUGUGUGGUUUUGUCAAGGGGCUAAUGUUGACCAGGCUAUGAGUGCGUCUCAGAGAGAGAGGCCAUUCAAUGCUGAGUUGAGCUAAGAAGAGAGCAGAAGAGGAGAAUCUGUAAGAGGAGCAGCCAUGGGGCUCGGACAGUCCAGCAAGACUCCGGUCACUGAUGACACGGAUGAAGUAAAUUUCGACCACUUCCAGAUCCUGAGAGCAAUAGGAAAAGGAAGCUUCGGAAAAGUUUGCAUCGUACAGAAGAAGGACACUAAGAAGAUGUACGCCAUGAAGUACAUGAACAAGCUGAAAUGUGUGGAGCGCAACGAAGUGAGGAACGUCCUAAAAGAGUUGCAGAUCAUGCAGAACCUUGAACAUCCUUUCCUGGUCAACUUCUGGUAUUCCUUCCAAGAUGAGGAGGACAUGUUUAUGGUGGUAGAUCUGCUCUUGGGAGGAGACCUGCGCUACCACCUCCAGCAGAAUGUCCACUUUUCAGAGAGCACUGUCAAACUCUACAUAUGUGAACUGGCCCUCGCCCUGGGAUACUUACGUACCAAGCGCAUCAUACACAGAGACAUCAAACCUGACAACAUACUACUGGAUGAGCAUGGGCACGUCCAUCUAACAGACUUCAACAUCGCAGCAAUUGUAAAAGAUGACCUAAAAGCAACGUCCAUCGCUGGGACCAAGCCAUACAUGGCUCCUGAGCUUUUUCAGACCUUCGAGGGUUCUCACCCCGGCUACUCUUUCUCUGUUGACUGGUGGUCUCUGGGCAUCACAGCCUAUGAGCUAGUAAGAGGACAGAGACCAUAUGUGAUGAGAUCUAGUACACCAGCUAAUGAGAUCCUUCAGACCUUCCACAAAGUCCUUCCCACCUACCCAGCAGCCUGGUCAUUGGAGAUGAAGUCUCUUCUGAGAAAGUUGCUGUGCAUAGAUGUCCAGAAGCGCAUUUCCUGUCUAGCAGAGCUACAGGAUCUGGACUACAUGUCAGAUGUCAACUGGGAUGCUGUGCUCAGCAAACAGCUACCUCCAGGCUUUAUUCCCAAUAGGAGGAGACUAAACUGUGACCCCACAUUUGAACUGGAGGAAAUGAUUCUGGAGUCCAAACCACUUCACAAGAAGAAGAAAAGGCUUGCUAGAAAAUCUAAGGACCAGGGAUCUGAUGGGUCACCACAGAAUGGUCAGUUGCAGCAGCGACUGGAUAAUGUUCAGAGAGACUUCAUUGUCUUCAACAGAGAAAAGUCAAGGAAAGCAGUGGUGGAUUCAGAGUCCUCUGAGCUGUCCAUGAGUGAGAAGAACAAGGCAAUAGAGGAUGGACAGAACAACAAUGUUGAACCGGCUGCCUACUUAUCAGGAUAGGUCUCAUGACCCGAGAUUCCUACUUACUCCUUGUCACUUGCACCUGCCCACAGCUUGUAGAUCAGCUAUUUGCACCCAGACACUUAUUGUUCUGUCAGCACAGGCACUCAGAUCCAGUCUUCAACGCUCCUGCACCACUACAUUGUCUAUACAAAAACAAAUGUAGUAUGCAUUGCUGUUCACCCACAAAAACCACAUUAUUAAGAGCUCCAGAACUACAGGAGGAAAACGGACUCCUGGAGCAGAGGCCAUGCCACAGCCAGGCUUUUUCCGCUCUCCUGUCACAAAGAAGAAUGACUCACAGCAGGAGUGUCACUCUUAUCAUGAUCCCUUACAUCACUCUGGUGCUCUAAGGUCUGCUCAACCUCUACUCUGGGCAGCGUGCUGAAGUGAAGAGGAAGUCCCUCCCCCGUCUAAAAAGGAGAUAACACCACACCUGCUCAGCUGUUGCAGAAAAUAAAGUCUGUGGUCAACCACGGCUGAAAGCUGUAUGUGCUGCUGUCAUCUUGGGCUGGACACUCGGAUUUAAUCUCAGCGAGGCAUUUUCUGGUUAAUUACAGCUAUUUGAGUAUAACAAUGGAUCUCCAGUGCUCCACAGAGAUGGACUUAACAAGGAUUGGCAUUAGGAGUUUGGUUGGCAUCAUAUAUUGAAAAAUAAACAUGGGUGGAUGGCUUUUUCUCAUGCAACUACAUGACUUGAGAUUGGAGCAUGACACUAAGAGUACAAAACAUUACAAUGGAAAGGUUAAUAAGGAAAAAUGAGGCCUUUGUUUUUAAGACAGCAACCACAGAUUCCUCUAAGAUCGAAAAAAAAAGAGCUGAACUGUAGGCUUGAGCGUGAAUGGCUCACUAUAUCAUAGCAGCAGAUACAUGGUUGUAGUGGUCAUUAAGCUUAGCUUUGCUAGUAAAGCUAAUAUAGAUGGUAGGAUUGCAACAUUUGGUACAAUGUCCCAGCGCCAUCAGCUGCAGAUGUAGGCAAAAAAUGCUGGGAGUUUUCUUCACUUGUAUGCUUUAAGUUACUAAGGAGUCAAUAGAGAAAUCAAUACAUUUUAUGGCUAAGCUAAGGUCAUUGUUGACCUUUAAAGUUCAUACAGAGUUGCUUAGUUAAGACCACCAGAUGUGGUUGAAAGCUUCAGCCGCAUGUCAUAAAUGGACAUCCUGAUCAAAGUUUUUUCCGUCAAACUCCUUUAAAACACUAAUAUUUUGACCCGACCUUUGCCUCACUCUGCAAAUGAUAUAAAACUUUAUAGCUAUACAAAUGUAGAGAAAGGUAGCUGGUAGAUGUUAAAUGUUCUGCACUGAACCUCGCUUUGCACAAGCUUCUUCAUCAACUGUAGCAUUUAUGCACAGAGGCAAAAAAAAAAAUAAAAAUCAUCUAAAGCUGUGAGUGAAUACUUAUUCCCAUGGUUUUAUAGACAAAGACUAAGCUGAGUCCUAGAAAAAUAAUUUUUUUUUCAGUUACUGUCUGUAUUGAGAUUUUGUUUUUUGUCACAUACUUUUUUAAUGUCCUUCCUCAACUUCCCAAUUACAUACAUACUGUAUGUGCCACUAGAUAAGUCUAUAAAUUUGUAUUUGCAAUUAUUUGCUCCCAUGAAGAGAAUCAAUUCUGUGACAGCAUUCUUGUGCAGAUGGUAUUCAACAUUAAUUUGGCACCAGCUGAAUAACACAGUGGGAAAAGACAAUUUUAAAAUUGAUUUUCACGUUCAUGGUUGUUAACACGAAAACAAUGACGGAAACAAAUAAACUGCAGACGAGGCAAUAUCCCUCAUUCUUACUGCAGACUGGGCUAAAACCAUGUCUAAGUAACCACGCCUGCCUCUGAAGUUUGCAGAGGGAUGCCUUAUAUCAUAGAUUUGGCACAUAGCUUGUUCCCUUAUACUAUACAGUACAUGUAGGUAGUAAAAACCUGAGCUUUUUUCACAACCAGUAAGUAAAUGUGAUUUCUACUAAUGCCUACUUAUUCUAUUGACCUUGAUCGUAUCUAUCUGCAAUAUGACUCACUCCUUUCAAGCCCAUGAUAUGUGUAAUUAUAUUUAAAGAAUAUUUAACUCUGUUCAAUUUACAUUACUAUUGGCACUUUUCUAUUGAAAUUGAUACAAUGUUUUGACUUACCUAUGUGUUGCUGUUGUUGUUGUUGUGUUGUCACUGAUGUAAUUUUACAGAACCAAAGGUGGUUUUCCAGUAUAAGUUGUAAGAUAGUAGGAUAGUUAAACAGAUGGACUAAUCCUAGUUAUACCUGGAGUGAAUAAUAUUUGUGAAUGAUUAUCUUAACAUGUUAAUAUAUACUAGGGAACAAUAGGUGUUGGGUUCAUUGGGAAUCAUCCAAUGUGGCAGAUUAAAACCUUCUAGAAAGUGAACAUGUGAAAUAAUCACUGACAAAUAGUUUUUGACCCCAAAACUAUCUAUCUAAAAAAAUGAUUUAGUCUGGGAACAGAUUUGUUCCACACCUGUGAAUUUCAUUCCUAUUAAUGUUUUGUUGUCCUUCAGUUGUCACUGUGUGUUUAUUGUAUUCAAAUGUGAUGGAGUUGCAAACUAUUAAGGUGUGCCUUAAAUAACGACUUUCUUUUUCUGAAC